CCCAGGAGACUCCCCAAUUCCAGUUCUCCUCCCAAAAAUCUCCCGGAGCAACCAUUCUCCCGAUUUCCACCCAAACAACAAUAUUGGAGGCGUCCUCUCUCACCUGAAAAGGAGACUAUUAUAUAUGUCUCCAUCAUCCAUAGUUUUAUCUGUAAGCCAUAAAGUAGGCGGGCACGGAGCUAUUUCUCAGCGUGUGUUUAUUCCAGCCGGCACGUUAACACACUGACACACAACAUCUUCAUUCCCAUCAUGCAGUGCUUCAAAACUACGGCAAGUAGUAAUGUCCAAAAACAUAACAGAGACAAAGCAGAAGAACGAAUAAGAGACACGGCGAGGACGAGUAAGAAGAAGAAGUAUGCUUGCAAGUUCCAAACCGAUGGGAAAAAAUAAUUUCAGUUCAUCCAGGACAGCUGGAAGGGGAAGUUGUAUGUUGCCUGCAAAUGUUGUAGAUAUGCGUGGCAAGUAUGCUGUAGUCCCCAUUGAUGUGUGUGCCGAAGUUAAAGUAGCAAUGAUAGUCACACACACACUAGGUGUGGUGAGAUGUGUCCUCUGCAUUUGACCCAUAACCCAUGAUCACCCCCUGGGAGGUAAAGGAAGCAGUGAGCAGCAGUGGUGGCCGCGCCCGGGAAUCAUUUUUGGUGACUGAACCCCCAAUUCCAACCCUUGAUGCUGAUUGCCAAGCAGGGAGGAGUAGCAGAGGUCCGACACACCUACCCCCAGUCCACGCUAGAGGUAACCAAGGACUACGGCCAGGAAGCGGGCCCCCCUCCCACAGCCCAUGACCCUGCAGGCUCUGCACAGCAGUCUUCAUCAUCAAUGAUUGUGAGAUUGUGCGACAGCGGUGGGAUGUUGUGGCUGCUCCUCUGCCUGCUUCCAGCCUUAGUGGGCUGCAACACAAUCCAGCUUCCCUACCUGUCCGGAGACCGGCAAGCAGCAGGCGAGGUUGCCGUGACAACCAGGCCUCACAUCUACUACUGCCGCUCACCCAACAUGGAAGUCUUCACCUGCUGGUGGCAUCCACUGGCCAACCUGACGGAUGGCGAGGAGGUCACCUACGUGCUCACCUAUUCCAAAGACAAAGGGAGCAAACAAGAGUGUCCAGACUACCUGAGCGCAGGUGCCAACAGCUGCCAUUUUGACAGCAGCCACACGUCCAUAUGGAACUACUACUGCAUGAACGUCACCGCGGUAACGGCCCACCGAAAUGUCACUUCGCAGGAGCACUGCUUGGACGUGGCUGAGAUUGUUCAGACCGAAGCACCGGUCAACCUAACGUACGACCUGAUGGACGCCGGCGGGGACGAGAUGGGUCAUGACCUUCUGUUCUCCUGGGCUUACCCGGUGCCCUCCGACCUGAAGUACGGUUGGAUUACGCUGGUCUACGAGCUGCAGUACAGACUGGUUAGCGAGCCUGACAAGUGGAAGGUCAAGGCGUCUCUGCGAGAGCCUCGGGUCAAACUGCUCGGCGUCCCCGUCAACGACUAUGUGGUUCGCGUGCGUUGUCGCUCACACAACUACGGCCUUUGGAGCCAAUGGAGCAAGCCGAUACUUGUGAGCGUUCCCGCCCAGGCCUCGACAGAUAAACUGCUGGUGCUGAUUCUAGUGAGCAGCAUCAGCAUGUUGGUGCUGUUGGCCAUCGCUGUGCGUGUCCUUCCACAGUGUGUCAGAGUAAAAGACUUCUUCCUGCCGCCUAUUCCAAAACCACGCAUCAUUGGUAUUGAUCCACGGCUCCUGAAGAAAGGGAAGUUGGAUGAAAUCAGCCAUCACCUCACGACAUUCCACUGCUUCAUGCCUCCCAGCUUCAUGGCAACAGAGGUGUGGGAUCAGGUGACCCCUGACAACAUCCACCUUGCCACGCUCAAAGAGCGCCCACUUCCCACCGAGUCGCCCAGCCAGGUGUCGGAUGCCUUCAUCGUCCCAAAUACCUUGACGGCCACCCCGACAUACCCUGCACCCGCCAGCCUGAAGAGUCCCUACUGCGAGUCUCCUCCCCAAGCCUUUGCGCCAUUGGCGGCGGCGCCUGCCUGGCCUGAUAUCAGUUACGUGCCAGGGAGCGGCUACAGCACCACCAGCCAGCCCACAGAACCACCGGCUGCCAUUACCAACGUGUUCCAGCAGCAGGGUUUCUACAGCUGUGUACAACUCAUGCGGGACAGCCACAAGCUGCAUUUGGUGCCUUGCCUGCCUCCGGCCUAUUGCGAGCUGCCGACCCCGCCCAAGCUGGAUGCGAAGACAAAGGAAGAAGAAAAAGCCGGAUGAAUACCAAGUCAGGAAAAAAAGGACUCACUGCUCACUCCUCCGUGUUGAAAGUCUGUAAUUAUGAGAUUCGAUUUUUCCCCCAGAACCUUAUCUGUUCAAUUUCAAGUACUCUAGCAAGUUAGGCUAAAAGUGCUAAUACUAAAGGCUAUUCUGCAACAUGCUUGAGUGGAAAAAAAAGGUGUGCGACUGUGCGGAUCCUGCAAAAGCAGUAUUUCCCACCUCCAUAGAAGUCUGGCCCACAGUGCGCCUUCAUCAAAGAUGCACUUUCUGGGUGGAGUAACUCUUAAAUGCAUCACGUCCCCCUUCAAAUUUAACUUAAAACCUCUAAAGGCUUAGUGUCCACAUGCGUGGACAGCACCUUUUUAGCUCUUAUUUUCAAAAUUGUGUAUGCUACUGAAUUGGGGUUUUAUGGCCGCUUUUGUGGACACUUAUACUGCCAUCUGGUGGUGUCAGAAGAGUAUGAGAUACAAUGGAAUUUGGGGGAAAAAAGUGUAAAGAUAAGAAUUAGCAUGUCACUAAACAUAAAAAGUCCACGUUUGUGUACUGUUGUGUCUGACCAGUCUUCCUCUCAGGGAAUACAAGUCACUGGUCAGUCCCAAGUUCUUUCAGAUGACAUAUAUGCAGAGUAAGAAGGACCAUCAAGACAGAAUAGGAAGAUUAUCAAGUUUAUGUUUAAUAAAUGGGGUGUUAUGGAUUAGGAACAGAAGAGUAGAGUUUUGACUCGGAGAGAGAAGGCAGAGCUUGUAUUGCAGUUUGGUUGACAGCGUGUAUUAAAGGAUUAGUGAUGGACAGCAGAUACAUACACAACAAUGACUUGAAUGGCCAUUCAACGUGAAAGCUAUUUGAAGGCAAACACAGUUAUUAUAUACAUAAUAUAUCAUUCCAAUUCAAUUAUUUACUGUCUCUGGAUCUUGUUUAAACCUCAGCUCAGAUGGAAUUCUUGGUGAAAGGAUUUGGAGAGUAAAGCAGUAGAGUCCAUGUGCUGCGGUUAAGGGUGAAAAUGUGUAGAAGGUUGGCAGGAGAGUGAGCCUCCUACCUGCCCAGACAGAACAGGUAGAACAGGUGGUGGGGUUCCUGGCUGGAAUCUCCCAAGAACUUGGACUAGAUGCUUUUUUUCCUUAGCUCGCCAUCAUAAAGAGAAGCCUGGCCUGUGUAAGAACCAGGACCAUCCUUGUAUUUCCAUGUGUACACAAAUCAAAUGUCUUCAUUAAAUAACAUUAAUUAUAAAGUAUUCAGAAUAGGUUCUAUAGUUCUUUCCUCAAUAUUGUACAAUAUAAAUAAACAUACAUGUCGGAAUCACAACAUGCAAUAAAGUGCUAAAAUAGCCAUUAGCAGCAUAAAUACGACCUAUACAGUGCACUAGACCUAUACAGUGCACUAGACCUAUACAGUGCACUAGACCUGCUUAUUAUCAAACACAUUCAAAAGUACGUUCAACAGUUAUCAAUGGUUGAAGUCAUAGAGCUUGUAUAUGGACGAUUGAGAAAUUGGCCACAAGGACUGUUUCAAUGAAAGGAUGGAAGCAAGACUCAUGCUAGAGCUGCUAUUUUCAGAAACAUGGACUCACCAACUCCGCUUCCUCAGUCACACACCGCCUAAUGACGAAAAAUCCGCUGCUGGUAGUCGGCUCUAUAAAGUAGAAAAAUAGAGAUAGUACUUUAUUGAUUCCUUCAGGAGAGUUCCCUCAGGAAAAUUAAAAAGUUCCCUCAGGAAAAUUUCAAUUUAGUUUAGAAUCCCGUCAGCCCAAUAUUUCGGGUGAAAACGAGAAUAAAAACCUACCAGGAGCAGAACUACAAUCUGUGUCCCCUCACGUCCUGUCUACUGGCCACCACCUGCUACCGCCUUAUAAGCACAGCUGAUUGGACCGCGGCGGUCACGUGACUAGGGAGAGUGCGCCCAGCUCAAAUGGAGAGCAAGAGCCUAAUAGUCGCCGCCAAAGUAUGGAUUUGACACCUGCGUUACAUUUAGGAGACCACUUCUUCAGUCUUUUAAUAGUGGCUUCUAGAAGCGGUCUGAAAAUCAAACGGAAAGAGACAAUUUAUUGAAUACGAAAACAGCCCCCAUCCUGCCCAGAAAGGAAUAGAGCCUCUUUGUUCUAAUACUGAUAAGGUAAAAAGGGAGUUAUGUCAUACUCCACUUUCCUGCGCCACCAAGGUAAAGCACAGAGUUUACUUGCGUACAAAAGAUACAAACAUAAAGAGUACACAUGGGAAAAUAUUAGCUGCUUUAAACAUGACUACCGUAUUUUUCGGAUUAUAAAUCGCAGUUUUUUUCAUAGUUUGGCCGUUGGGUGCGACAUAUACUCCGGAGCGACUUAUGUAUGACAUUAUUAACACGUUACCGUAUUAUAUCAAAUAAUAUUAUUUAUCUCAUUCGCGGAAGAGACGAAGAAAAUCGUCACACACAUGUCGACCAAUAAGAAUUCGGCGGGGGCGGGUCAUGGGAGAAGUGCAUUGUGGUUCAUGGGAUGCUAACUGCUAUAUGCUAUAUGCUACUGCCGUAGCUAUUAAAAAGGAUCAUUUCAACAUCGGCGGUAACUUAUAAAAAGUGAGAAGGGCUGAACAAAAAUGGCGUUGAAAAGCAAAUCAUGUAGUGCAGAUUACAAGCUGGAUGUAGUGAAAUAUGCAGCAGAAAAGGACAAGAGGAAGCGGCACAGACCUUUGGAGUUGGCAGAGUUGUUUAGAAGCCACAUCCAGGAAGAAGAUUUCAUGGGAUUUAUGGAUUAGGAGUGAGAGAUUGUUUGGUAAACGUACAGCAUGUUCUAUAUGUUAUAAUUCCACAACCAGGACGAACACCACACGCUUUACACUGCACAGCCGAGUGUGAAGCGACCGGAAUGAGAAUCAGCAAGUCCGAGUCCAUGGAUCUCUUCCGGAAAAGGGUGGAGUGCCAUCUCUGGGUUGGGGAGGAGACCCUGCCCCAAGUGGAGGAGUUCAAGUACCUAGGAGUCUUGUUCACGAGUGAGGGAAGAGUGGAUGGUGAGAUCGACAGGCGGAUCGGUGCGGCGUCUUCAGUAAUGCGGACGCUGUAUCGAUUCGUUGUGGUGAAGAAGGAGCUGAGCCGGAAGGCAAAGCUUUGAAUUCACCGGUCGAUCUACAUUCCCAUCCUCACCUAUGGUCAUGAGCUUUGAGUUAUGACCGAAAGGACAAGAUCACGGGUACAAGCGGCCCAAAUGAGUUUGGGUCUCUCCCUUAGAGAUAGGGUGAGAAGCUCUGCCAUCCGGGAGGAACUCAAAGUAAAGCCGCUGCUCCUUCACAUGGAGAGGAGCCAGAUGAGGUGGUUCUGGCAUCUGGUCAGGAUGCCACCCGAACGCCUCCCGAGGGAGGUGUUUAGGGCACGUCCGACCGGUCGGAGGCCACGGGGAAGACCCAGGACACGUUGGGAAGACUAUGUCUCCCGGCUGGCCUGGGAACGCCUCGGGAUCCCCGGGAAGAGCUGGACCAAGUGGCUGGGGAGAGGGAAGUCUGAGCUUCCCUGUUUAGGCUGCUGCCCCCGCGACCCAACCUCGCAUAAGUGGAAGAAGAUGGAUGGAUGGAUGGCUAAAAUGUGGAAGAAGUUAAGCGCUCUGAAUACUAUCCAGAUGCACCCUAGCUGUAAAAUGUAGUGCACUGUAAAGAAAAACUUUUGAUCAUGUAUUUAUAAACGAUUACACACUUAGAGUGAAUGAGAGGAGUUUUCUGUGGAAAAGAUGGCCAAAUUUGGAGAAAAAAUAUUUUUGACCAAAAAUCCUCAGAUUUUUUGGGGUUGUGAAUGCUGGUGAAGAGCAAAGUGCUGCAAAGUAGUGAAGAGAAGAAGAAAAUGGCUACAAAUAUUGUGAGAUUUCAGUAAUGGCUUUUGGGUGAGCACUACAUGGUAGGAGGAAGUAAACAAUGUACAUAAUAUAAUGUACCUUUUGAAGUUUUCCUUUUGACACACAGUAUGUUUUCUUGUCCUGUAAAUACUGUACAAUAUGACUCUGAUAACCAUUGAUGUUGCCCA